CUUUUUGUUUUCUCAAUUCAGUUGCAGAGAACCGGAAAGCGCCCCACCUCAUUGAUUUCGCAGCUUUGCCGUGUUGGUUUUCGAAGGUUAAGGCUUUUGGGGGGAGAAAAACGGCAAGCGGGCGGCGUUUGGAUUGUCCAAGGACCAUGCAUUGAGCCAAUCAUUCACCAGUGCCUGCCAUCCUCCAAAAGAUCGACCAUGGCCAAAGGCCCAAAAGGUAUAUAUCGGCAGCCUGAAUCGAACGAAGAGUAUACUAUAGUAAAACACAACAACAAUGACACUGCUACAAAGCAAGUCACGUCUGGUGCUGCCACUCCUUGCCUGGAUGGGAUCUGCAUUGAUACAGCCGUUGAAUGCUCAGCAGGCAUGUGAACGGCUGAAGCAAACGCUGGAAUACACCCAAGAGGAGGCUCCUCGUGAUUUCACCAAGGUGCUGAGCACUGUGACAGCCGAACUGAACAAAGUGUUGGAUGGAGUGGUCGAAGUGGACGUUGAAUGGAAUGGCUCUGACUUGCACGGACGAGUGGGAGAGCACAUUAUCAAUUGCAAAGUCAGUCGGUUAGCCGAACGGAUCGCUCCUGAAGUCCUCCAAGGACUGGAUGUGUUCACGGACGACCGAGGCCAGCAAGUGAUUUCCCAAUGCUUUCAGGUGCCCUUCACCAUCUAUGAUACCAACGAAUGCAAGCUACCAGAAGGCCAUGAUAUGCGCCAUCGGUGUCAAGAGCCCUCCAUUUGUGUCAAUACGAUUGGAUCCUACGAAUGCAUGUGUCCACGCCUAGACGGUAGUCUACCACCUGGAAUACCUGUUGCAGAGGAUGGCAUCAAUCUAUAUUCGCUCGAUGUUGCUGGAGAGCAAGAAAUGGAUUUUUUCGAAGACGUUCUAGAGGAACCACGAAAUCGCUGGGAAGUCUCCAAUAAUACUGCCAGUUCUUCGGCUUGUCGCUCUCGGGCUUCCACUAGAGGAUGCUGUCCCGAGAAUGCCCACUCGCGGGAUGGAAAGGAUUGCCGAAAUCAGUUCUCAUGCCCCGUGGAUCCCUGUGCUCCCCCCAAACCUUCUCAAAAAGCUAACCCUCACGAAUGUGCCGAUAAUGCGCAAUGUGUCCGAGCACAGUCCCCACACGAUGAUCCGGAUCACACCUGUGCUUGUCCCAAAGGACUCCUGGGGAAUGGCCUGAAAUGCCUCAUGAUUGAUGCCAAGCCAGAGCCCAAAGUCACAUUCGCAGGAGAACCAACAGAGGAAACCAUCAAGGCAAACUAUUGUGGCUGUACUAAACCAACCGUAGACGCUUGUGCCGGAUUUCCGCCUUGUCGAGAACGGCACCAAGUCUGUGUUGUAUCGGCGAAUGAUACUCCUCAUUGUGGUUGCAAGAAGGGAUUUGUCAAACACGAGACUUAUGGAUGUGUCGACGAACGGCCUCCGGAAUUGAAACUAAAUGAGGAUCCAUACAACGACAAAACGCUUCGAUUGAAACAGGGAGAUGUCUACAAAGAACACGGGGUGAGGAUCGCGGAUGCAAAUGCCGAAGACUACGAACGCAUGCUAAAAAUUUCCUACAGUGCACCCGUCACCCAUGGGUGUUUGACCGAAGUUGGAGAAUUCCAUGUCAAUUACACCAUCAAAACGCCUUGGACCGAUCCUUCUUCGGUCGUUGUCACACGUCGAGUGAUUAUUGAAGAUAUCGAUGAAUGUGCACUGGAUCCGGCCAAAUUCGAGUCAACCUGCCCACAACUGAUUCCUCGCUGCGACACGGAUGCCGGAGCAACCUGCAAAAACACCGACGGUAGCUACACUUGUGACUGUCCCAAAUUUACGUCCGGAGAUGGAUUCCUGCCAAACGUUGCAUUUCCGACCGGGGCCGCUCCAGAGGGAUUCAAGGGAGGAACUAGUUGCACGGACACCAGCAAACCAAUGAUUGAAUUGAAAGGACCCAAUCCAAAGAUAUUUCGGAUUUGUCCUUGCGGCGGAAUCUCGGGUAUCAUGAACGGCAAGUCGACUGAUAACAAUUUGCGAGAUGCCCAACGACAGCAUUAUGAGAGCGAUAUCAAGGAAAUGAUGAAGUCAACGCAAGGAGCUGAGCUUUGUGCCACUCACGAUAACAUGCGUCCACGCCCCGUGAACUGUAUUUCUGCGUACGAUGAGACGUAUAAAGGACUCGUCGAUUUGUCAUCGCGCGUGGAAAUCGGUGAUCCGGUUCAGAAAAGCCCGCUGCAUUGGGCUGUUCCCUACAACGUAAAGGACGACGCUGGGAACGCGGCAACAACUGUAUGGCGAGACGUUGUUGUCGACGAAGUCGACUUCGAGUCGAUGGAGCACAAGAUUCGAGAAGACGUGAAGAAAGCCCACGAUAUCAAACUGAAGAAUGCGGUCGCCAGGGCUGUGGAAGAAGAGCGAAAACGAAUCGAAUCCACUGGCAAACAACGCAAUCGACGAGACAUGGCAAUUCACACGUGCCCAGCCUGUCCCACAUGCGGCGAAGAGACGAGCCCCAAGUCUGUUGGUAGCAGUGAUGAUCGCAAAAUUGACGUGGACGAAUGUGAAAAGCUAUGUGAUGCACGGGCAGGGCAAUGCACCGCGAACUAUUCGAACUUCGCUAUACGCAUCAUGAUUUGGAUGGAGAAUUGGGUUGCACCGGAAAUUGCGUCAUAUAUCUUGCUGGGCAUCCUGCUGAUUGGUGCAGGGACCUUGUUUAGAGUGCUAAUGCUAUUCUUGUUCAAGCAAGGCGACUUUGCUUCAAACGGAGACUACAUUGCCAGUGACCAAGAACGAGCGAUUGCUCUGCAAAACAGUGUCACAUAUUACACGUCUCCACAACGACAACCACAGAACCAAAUGUCGGGUCCAGUCGGCAACACGCCAGGAUCUGGAUUCGGAGGAGCGACGAAUGGAGGACCACCUCGAAUGUCCAUGAGUAAUUCGCAGCCAGGCAGCGACUUCUUUUUCUCACCAUCACACAAUUCACCCCAUGGCGACAACAGCAUGCCCUUUGGCUCUCCCAAUAGCGGUAACAACAAUGGAGGUGGAAUGCCGUUUGGUUCUCCACCCACCAUGGCAAACGGUUCGACGCCACUGAACAGCAACAGCAACUAUGCGAAUAGUUACGAGGAACACUAUCUGAACACUCCAAGCCAAAACCGCAUGGAUCAAAUGACGCCAGGCAGCGAUCAUCUACGACAACGCCGGUCUCCUGGCAGCAUUUUUUCAUAACGAGCCAGACACACAUACGCAACAUGGUUGGAGGGAGAAAAUGCAAAUAGCUGCUACGAGUAAUUACUGUAAUGAACACAUCUUUUGGGACU